UGGCCGCUCCAGCCUCACCUGUGCCAGUGUCACCUGUCGCUUCCCUUUCCGCCGGAACAGAAAUGAUCCGAUUUCUUCUGCUGUUCAGCCGUCAGGGGAAGUUACGGCUGCAGAAGUGGUAUGUGACACUACCUGAUAAGGAAAAGCACAAGAUAAGCAGAGAGUUAGUACACAUCAUUUUGAGCCGAAAUCCUAAAAUGAGCAGCUUUGUGGACUGGAAAGACUUAAAACUUGUAUAUAAGAGGUACGCCAGUCUGUACUUCUGUUGCGCUAUUGAGGAUCAGGACAAUGAGCUGCUAGCUCUGGAGCUUGUACACCGAUUUGUGGAGCUGCUGGAUAAGUACUUUGGAAAUGUUUGUGAAUUGGAUAUCAUUUUCAACUUUGAGAAAGCUUACUUUUUAUUGGAUGAGUUCCUAAUGGGAGGUGAAAUUCAGGAGACUUCAAAAGACUCUGUGGUGAGAGCAACUGAGGAUUCUGACAUGCUACAAGAGACUAUGGAAGAGUACAUGAACAAACCAACAUUUUAGAGUGCUUUGCAGAUGAAGAAAACCUAAAAGAAAGGCCAAGUAUACAUUAUGAGCUAUUAUGGAAAAGUCCAAGGAACUUCAGAGAGCUUUGAACUGUUAGAUGGCACCGCUGGUCCGGACUACUUACCAGCUAGCAGCGAAACCUGAAAUAAUAAUGGAAAAAAACUAAUAUUAAAGCAGCCUCGUGCAAUCAGUGAAACACUAUGGACCUGGUGCUCCACAUACAGUGGGGAUGAACUUUCACAAAGUGGUUGCUUUUAAAAGAAAUAAAAUAUUUUUAUAUGUGUAUAUUUUAUCCUCUUGGAAUAGCAAUAUUGUAAUGAUAGUGCCAAGUGGCUGGGUGUUAUCUGCCUCAGAGGGAAUUUAUAAAGCCCUUGUCCCUUCUUUCCACUAUUUUUGUUUUUUUAUAUGUUUGGGUAGUGUUUGCUUUAGGGUGAUGACAGAUGGGACAUAUUGUCACCCAUGCUAAACCUCUCCCAGCACUGGUGAGAAAAUGUCUUAAUAUACUUUUAUAUUGAAGUCAAUCUGCAUCUUUGCCAGUAACACUGAGAUGCCAUAUUGCCUUCUUCUGCAUUGUGGCCAUUGUGGUGCGAUUACUCAAUUCAGGUGUUUAACUGUAGGAGUUUCAGAUAAAAUCCAUGGUAUAUUUUGAUGCUUUGUAGCCCACAUUGGAGUAGAUUAAGCACAUGCGACAAAAUGUCCCAACUGCCAUCACUCUAAGAGGUGCGGAAGCUUGACCCAGGGCCAGUUUCAUGGUAGGGCUUAGAGGGCAUUUGUUCUGGGCCUUUGACACCACAGGGGCUUCCUUGGAGAAAACUGUAAAUUAGAGACAAAUAUUGUUUAACAGUUAUUUGAUGUUUUAUUUUUAGAACAUGCAUCAGGGAUAUCGAGUCUGCGGGCUCCUAGCUGUAUUUGAACCUUUCUAAAUAUAUAAGAUAAUUUCUACAGACAGGAGCCACUCAGACCACAUGCCGGUUCUCAACCCGCUUAUUAUAAGCCACAUAGACUCCAUUUAUUGGCAGUAAAUGAUCAUUUCCAGCCCCACCCCCCCUAUAGACAGGCAAAGGCUAUCAGGGGGAGGGUGAGAGUUGUAGUUUCACAUCCUAAAAUAUCAUGUUUUCCCCUUAGGGGCCUCCGCAUCUCUAAUUCAUGCCCAGACUUAACCCUACCAGUACUGGCAUCCUGUCACUGACAUUUUUGAUCAUGUUGGUAAUUGAUUUAUUUCGGGUAGCCUUGCAGAUCACUGAAAUGAUGAUGUUUAGAUGCUUAAAAUGGGAAUUUUGUGUAAACUGUGCUAUUUAAUAUUCUUUGUAUUUAUUCUUUUUGUGAUUUUCUAAACUUAAAUUUAGUUUUGGAAAAGGCCAUUAAAGUGCUUGAGUUUCCAAUGAA